AUGGGGAAGGACUCCAAAGCAAAAGAUGCAGGAGGUAAAGGCAAAGGAAAGCAGGCAGCUGGCGGGAGUGAUGAAAAUGCUUCGAAGGGGAAGGGAAAAAGUGGAAAGGCUGAUGGACUUGGCACAUGCACUUAUGUGAAAGCAAGGCAUAUCUUAUGUGAGAAGCAAGGUAAGAUUAAUGAAGCAUACAAGAAGCUACAAGAUGGUUGGCUAAGCAAUGGAGACAAAGUCCCUCCUGCUGAGUUUGCAAAGUUAGCAGCAGAGUAUUCAGAAUGUCCUUCAGGGAAGAAGGGUGGAGACCUUGGAUGGUUUCCUCGUGGCAAGAUGGCCGGUCCUUUCCAAGAGGUUGCUUUCAACACCCCUGUUGGAGCUACCAGCGCACCGUUUAAGUCAACACAUGGGUAUCACGUAAUCCUAGCUGAAGGCAGAAAGAAUUGA